AUGGCGAGAGGCUACGCGGCGCGCUGCCCGGUGUCUCCGGUGAGGAGCGCUUGGCUGGCGGCGGCGGCGGCGGUGGUUCUCCUCGUGGCUGAAGGUAUCAGCGCUCAGAAGGUGCGAGUGGAGGAGGAGCUGGAGGCGUACCCCACGGAGUCGGUGGACCUCACCUGCCAGUUCAUCGACGGAGCCGGACGCACCAAGCUCACACAGGUGUCCUGGAUAUGGGAGCCCACCGAGGGACAGAGGGACAACAUUGCUGUUUACAACCCGAGCUACGGACAGAGUUUCCCCAACCUGGCUUUCAAAGAGCGGGUUGUGUUCCUGAACAACAGCCUGGAGAACCCGUCCAUCCGGAUCUCUCAGCUGAGGAUGUCCGAUGCCGGUCGCUACACCUGCGAGUACGCCACCUACCCCUCUGGAAACGAGCAAGGCACCACCACCCUCAUCAUGCUGGCCAAGCCUAAGAACUCAGCCAAGGUGGUGACAGUCCAGGCCGGCACCAGGUCGGUGGUGGUCGCCCAGUGCGAGGCGGCGGAGGGCAAACCGGCGGCGACCAUCAAGUGGCUGGCGUCGGUGGGAGGAAACCACUCCACCAGCACCACCAGCGGCCCCGAUGGGACGGUGACGGUCAGCAGCGAGUACCGACUGGUUCCCACCGCCACGGAUAACGGCGGAGAGGUGACCUGCAUGGUGGAGCAGAGGACGCAGGAGCGGCCGUGGGUCUACCCUCUCAAACUCUCCGUGGAGUACCCGCCCUCCGUGUCCAUAGAGGGUUACGACAACAACUGGUACGUCGGCCGCUCGGACGCCGUGCUCCAGUGUCUGGCCAGCGGCAACCCAGUGCCCACCACCUUGACCUGGACCACGGCGUCCGGUUCUCUGCCCGACACGGUGGUGGUGGACGGGAACAAGCUGCUGGUGCGGAAGGUGGACGACGCCGUCAACACCACCUUCAUCUGUGAGGUGAAGAACAAGCACGGGGCCAGCAGCCACCAGAUCACCACCAUCGUCAUCGAAGCCCUGGAGGAUCCGCUCAGUGCCGGCGUCGUGGCGGGCGCCGUGAUUGGCUCCCUCCUGGCCCUGCUAUUGGUUGUCGCGCUCGUUGGGGUUCUCCUGAGCCGCAGCCGCCGGCAGCAGAGGCGGGGCUACCCCGGCGGCGGCGGCGGUGACUCCACGGCGACGGGCAGCGGGGGGAGCAAUGGUGGAAAUUAUGGCAACAAAGCUCGGCUGCUUUUCAGCGGCAGCGGCAACAACAACGGGACGGGAGCCAACAACAACGGGCCGGUCUACACGUACCGGGAGGGCUGCGACGCCACGGGCACCCUGACGGAGAAGGCCAACGACUUCCACCAUCACCAUCUCCACCACCCGUCCGCCAGCAAGCCCCCGUCGGCCCACGACAUCCUGCUCAGCGGCGACAUGGGCGAGGCCGAGAGGAGGAAGUUCGACCUGGACGACAGCAUGGAGGAGGAAGAGGAGCAGUACGAUAGGUUCGGAGGCGUCGGGGGAGGCGGGAACAUGCUUCCCCCGGCCUAUCACGUGCGCAGGGGCCACGGCGGCGAGGAGGAAAUGGACGUGUACCUGGACGACGACAUGGAGUCUCAGAGAGAUGGCUCCGUCAUCUCCCGGACUGCCAUCUACGUCUGAGGUCACAGGAAAGGAAAGAUGAGGCGCUGAGAAUAGGGAACGGAGAUGUGGUGGAGGAAGUGGGGGAGUCCGGGCCUGCCCCCCCCCCCCCCCUUCAUCAGCGAAUAAAUCAACAUGGCCUCCAUCAGCUGUAAACACCGACCUGCUUCCAUCAGUUAUAUCCUCUCUGCUCGACUGUGUCAUCUUAAAAAAGACGAUUGAGAGAAACUUGAUGAAUUCAGAAGUUGUUGUUGUGAAGCGGAUGAAAGGGAAACCUGUGGUGGCAGAGGUGCACUGUGGGUAAUUACGUGUGUAGCUGCAUCAUGGAGACGGAUUUUUUUUAAGUGUCGGACGAAUGUGACAAAAAAAAGAGAAACCCACAGAACCUCCGGACGCGAUGCUAACCGCUUCUUGUUCCUUCAGCUUUGCCCGUGUGUUGACGUGCUGAGUGUUUGUGUUUUCUACGAUUAAAAAAAAAAAACGUAAUCUGCAAAGCCGCAAAACAGCAUAACCACAAAACCGCAGCUACUCCAGGAUUGCCUUCCUGUUUCAAAAUAAAACUCCUUCAUCCACACGUGGAAAAAGUUUCAUGUGGACGUCGGCCGCUCGGCUGCAGACUCCGGUUCUUCACCUGAACCCGAUUUUAAAACUUGAAAAGUCUAACUUUGUUUUCCGCUCAUCCCGGUGACGCCCGUGUGGAGGCGCUCAGUGACUCGUGGCUUCCUGCCCCCCCCCACC